AGGCGGGGCCGGAGCCGGGCGGCGCUGUCAGUGUGGAGCUGAGCGGAAUGCAGCGGCCCGAGGCCUGGCCACGUCCGCACCCAGGGGAGGGGGCCGCCGCGGAGGCAGCGGCGGCAGCCCGGGGGGGAACGGCGCCGGGCGCUGGGGCCACGGAGCCCCCGGGGCUGCGGUUGCAGGAACCAUCUCUCUACACUGUCAAAGCAGUUUUCAUCCUGGAUAAUGAUGGACAUCGGCUUCUGGCCAAGUAUUAUGAUGAUACAUUCCCCUCCAUAAAGGAGCAGAAAGCCUUUGAGAAAAAUGUCUUCAACAAGACUUAUAGGACUGACAGUGAGAUUGCCUUUUUUGGGGGCAUGACCAUUGUCUACAAGAGCAGCAUCGACCUUUUCCUGUACGUGGUAGGGUCAUCCCAGGAGAAUGAGCUGAUGCUCAUGUCGGUCCUCACCUGCCUGUUUGAUUCCCUGAACCAUGUGUUACGGAGGAACAUAGAGAAACGCUCGCUAGUGGAGAACAUGGAUGGAGCCUUCCUGGUGGUGGACGAGAUCGUGGAUGGCGGUGUUAUUCUGGAGAAUGAUCCCCAGCAGGUGAUCCAGAAAGUGAACUUCCGGGUAGAUGACAGCGGCCUGUCUGAGCAGAGUGUGGCCCAGGUCCUUCUGCCCAGACUAAUCCUGUCUGCAUGAAGCUCCCUGCUCCAGGCAUUCACUAACCACCUGCUCCCCCUCUGACAGUAGCUGAGGCCAGAGGAUGUGCUCAGCUCAUUCUGUCUCUUGCAAUGGGCCCCAGGUUUGGUACCCACGUUUCCUAUUGCAGCUUGCAACAGUUUAUCCUACCUAGCUCUGGCUUAUCCAGACUACCUCCUGGCCCCUGGGCUCACUUCUCACCUCACAUUCCAGCCAGGCAGAGUCAGCAGCUUCGAUAGAUUUUGGGAUGGACAGAGGCUAGAAAGUGGCCACUUAGCAGAGCUCCCAAAUGCCCAGAUCACUAGUUGUCACCAGGAGGGGAUGGAGAAGGCCUAGCUCCUUAAUGAGGGGGAUUCUUGGGGAAAGGAGCAAUAAGAGACUUGGGAGACUGAAAUGAGGGAGUUGGGUACAUGGUGGGGGGACCCAACGUUUAGCCUCUGACUCAGUGCCUGUCUCUGAAGCGGUGUUGGAGGGCAUGUCCAGAGUACAGACCUGUGUGAGUGGCUUUGUUAUGUAGGGAGAGGGAAAUUACUGCAGUGGUGGGUAGUUAGUUACAGGUGUGUCUGCUUUUAUCUUUGCCUGUGUGUAAAGGAAGGAGAGCCUGUCCCCACAAGUCCCAGGGCCAUGUCGAGUCCUGUGUGCCUGUGUGUUU